AGGGUGCCUGCAUCUUUUUCUGAGGUCGGAUCUUGAUCUGACUCUCCAACCCAAUCGUCCAGCAGUAUAGCAUCAGAUACAUCACCGACAAAAUGAAUCGAUCACUGGUACGAUGCACGGGUUGUCGCUACUCCGUCCUCGAAGCGUUCACAUCUCUUGCCGCCAUUUCCAUCCCGAAACAAGCACCUCGUCAGCCCAUCCGUCGACCCCAGCAAUCCCGAGCGUUCAGUCGUCUCACACCCCUGCGGCAAUCCCUUGAACAACUAUCUUCAAGCCAACCUCCAGAAUCUGUACCAUGGUAUCUCCAAGUCGAAGAGCCUGCGCCUCCCGCUCCUGUUUCCCCGAUCCUCGCUCUUCAAGAAAUUCCACCCCUCCCUCUUGAUUCUCCUAUCAUCCUGCAACCGGUGCUCGAGCACCUGUCCAUUCAAAUCGGUCUAGACAACCUCGUUUUACUGGACCUGCGGAACAUGGAUCCUCCGCCGGCUCUGGGCGCCAAUUUACUGAUGAUCAUCGGCACGGCUCGCAGUGUAAAGCAUCUCAAUGUGUCCGCGGAUCGAUUUUGUCGAUGGGUGCGGAAGGAGUAUAAACUCAGACCGUACGCGGACGGACUGUUGGGUCGGAACGAACUGAAACUUAAAUUGAGGAGGAAAGCAAGGAAGAUGAAGCUGGCCCAAAGUGUUGGCAAUACAGUUGCCAUGCAGGGUGCCGAUGACGGUAUCACCACGGGCUGGGUCUGCGUCAACAUGGGACCGAUUGACGAUGCGGUGUUGCCGGAAGAAGUCGAAAUUUCGGCCGCUGCUGCCGAAGAGGCAUCGGAGGACGUCGCGGAGGAUGAAGACGAAGAAUACGAAAACCCAGCAAAUGACUAUGUCGGUUUCGGCAGCAGGACAAAUUCGCCACGAAUUGUGGUUCAGAUGUUCACGGAAGAAAAGAGAGUGGAGAUGGACCUUGAAGGUCUUUGGGAUGUACGAAAUACAAGACGAGCAAGAAGAGAUCAACGCGCCAACGCCGAAGCUGAGUCGGUCAUUGGAAGACUGCGAGCACAAGACGCUACGCAGGAUUCGCGAGAUCAAGGCGAGGCCACAGGUUCGGAUCAUCAGGACAAGCCCAAAGGUCCAGCGCAGGAGCAGGAGCCGAAAGAUUCGGACGAGGGCGUGCCUACCAAAAUGGAGGCUGAAGUUGAUGAGGCUAAAGAACGUGAAGACAUGGACGAGUCUCGCCCCCUGGGUGGGAUGGGUGCCAGUUAAGGUGGACAGCUAUGCGAAAUAAACUUGGUUCAUAAACAAUUGUAUAAGUCUCGUUG